CCGCUUUGGGUUUCCGCCGGCUAGACGUCAGGAUCAUGGCCAUGAAGAAAAGAUAUGUGAAGCGCCUGGUGCGCAAGGUGAUCCUCUCGCUGCUCUCCAUUGCCCUGGUUUCCCUGGUCACCACUCUGAUUGUGGAGCAGCGCAUGCGACCAUCUAGCAAUGUCGUGGAGGAGAACCUAGAUCCAAAUGGAGAUCCCAUCACACCCAUUUUUCGAGCAGCAAAUAUUAUACCCACCAGGAAGGCUCCACGACCACCGUACCAGGAUCGCAACUCCUUCAUAAAUCCGCCCAAGGAGGUGAAGCAGGGCUUUAGGCUCCCGGAACCGGAAGGUGAGCGCAAGGAUUGGCAUGAUUACGUGGCCAUGGAGGCAGACAGGAAGCGGGUCGGUCUGGGAGAGCAUGGAGCCGCCGCUCAUAAUGAUCCCGACGAGAAGGAGCUGGAGGAUCAGCUGUACAAGAAGAACGGAUUUAAUGGUCUUUUGUCGGAUCGAAUCUCUGUUAAUCGUUCUGUGCCGGAUGUGAGAGCUGAAGCUUGCAAAUCCCGCAAGUACCUGGCAGAGCUGCCCAAUGUCAGUGUAAUCUUCAUUUUCUUCAACGAACACUUCAACACCUUGCUGAGAUCCAUUUACAGUGUGAUUAAUCGCACUCCGCCAGAGUUACUCCGACAGAUAAUCCUCGUGGACGAUGGCAGUGAGUGGGAGGUGUUGAAGCAACCCCUGGAUGACUACGUGGCCAGGCACUUUCCCCAUCUAGUGGAUAUAGUAAGGAAUCCGGAGAGACUUGGCCUGAUUGGAGCCAGGUUAGCCGGAGCCAAGGUGGCCGUUGGGGAAGUCAUGGUGUUUUUUGAUUCCCACAUUGAAUGCAACUAUAAUUGGUUACCUCCCCUGCUUGAACCCAUUGCCAUAAAUCCUAAGAUCUCCACCUGCCCCAUUGUGGAUAUUAUAAUGCACACAGACUUCUCCUAUGGUGGUGGCUAUCAGGAGGGAUCGCGUGGUGGCUUCGAUUGGAAGUUCUUGUACAAACAGCUGCCUGUCCUGCCCGAGGAUUCGGUGGAUAAAUCCCUGCCCUAUCGCAGUCCUGUGAUGAUGGGUGGUCUGUUUGCCAUUCGGACGGACUUCUUCUGGGAUCUGGGUGGCUAUGAUGACCAGUUGGACAUCUGGGGCGGUGAGCAAUACGAGUUGAGCUUCAAGAUCUGGAUGUGUGGCGGCAUGUUGCUGGAUGUGCCCUGCUCCAGGGUGGCUCACAUCUUCAGGGGACCCAUGGAACCCAGGCCGAGUCCAAGGAAGCACAACUUUGUGGCCAAGAAUCACAAGCGAGUGGCUGAGGUUUGGAUGGAUGAAUAUAAGCAGUAUAUAUAUGCUCGCCAGCCGGAUACCUAUAAUGAUUUAGAUGCCGGGGACUUAACCCGCCAGCUGGCCAUCCGGGAGCGUCUGCAGUGCAAGUCCUUCCAUUGGUACAUGACCGAAGUGGCUCCCGAUUUCCUGGCCAAGUUCCCACCCAUCGAGCCGCCCAGCUAUGCCUCGGGUGCUAUUCAGAAUGUGGCCUAUUCCCAGUACUGUCUGGAUACCAUGGGAAAGGCUUCCAAUGAGGUGGUUGGCCUGUUCAGUUGCGCAGAGAACCGCACCCAUCCGCAGGCCACUCAGUUCUGGACGUUGUCCUCCUAUCGUGAGCUUCGCCAGCACUCCGAUUCCAUCUGCCUGGAUGUGCAGACUUCUCCACCGAAUGCCACUGUCUGGAUGUGGUCCUGCCAUAAUAUGGGCGGCAAUCAGUUUUGGUUCUAUGACAGAGAGAACCAGUGGCUGGUCCAGGGCCAGAGGAGCAAUCGAUGCAUGGAGGGUUUUGUGGAGAAUGGGAAGCCCUUGGUCCUUGUGAAUGAGUGCCAGAGGGGCAACGAUCGCCAGAGAUGGAUUUUCGGAACUGUGAAUGACACCUUGUUGGACAAGUUCUUUGAGGGAGUUGAGUAGGGAAAAGAUAUGGAAAUGUGACCAAAAGUAAUGUAGAAGUUGUUAAUAACGCCUCAUAAAUCGGUUUGAUAAUUAAAAUCUAUUUAGAACAUUGUUUAAAUAUAAGCAA